ACCGGCAGCGCUAGGCCUGGCGCCCACCGCCACCGUCUCUCCAGUCCGUCUAGUCGCUGUCGGUCUCCUGUUACCUGUGCACAUUUUAAAUCUAUGUAGAGCAUCGUCUUCGUACCGAUACGCAAUAGUAAACAAAUCGUUGUACUCAUCGUGUUUUUAAAUUGCUUAUUCAAAAGUUAUCUAGUUUUUCUAAUUGUGGCGACAGCGCCGGAAGUGAAUUGUAAAUUCCAUUUAAAUGAAUACCGUCGUGCAACAUAAACGAAAUGUUUACCGAAGCAAAAGCGCGUCCGAUGAUCUCGGCUAGCCUUCCUGGCGAGGCGCUGCCCCAGUUGGGGCAGCUCGGGCCCCUGAGCCAUCUGUACCCGCCACCACCGCCCACCGGCAUGGCACCCGAGUUCCUCGCACCUCCGCCGCGGCCCUACGCUCGCUACGCGCCACGUCGGCCCCGCGAUACUAUGCCGGCGCCUCCGACGCCUGCUCCAGCGCCGUUUCCAUCUGUCCCUGCGUAUGCACAGUUCCUUUCCCAUCCAACUCCGUAUACGUCGUAUCUAUAUCGAACUCGAGCGCCCCCUCAGCCUCCGCCCGCUAACUAUCCUCUACGGCCACGUCCCACUUCAGGGUUUGUGCCGCCGGCACCAGCGCCUCAUUCGCCACCUGUAUCAGCACCGGCGCCCGUUCCCCCACUCAGAGAGGAGCCGCCAAUGUCUCCAGAACGCGGUGCUCCCGCGCCGUAUUUCUGCCGAGGUGCGCUCAUUCGAUUGGAGGAUGGUUCGCUACGGCGCGUCGAGGAGAUGCGCAUAGAGGACUUCAUGUCAAGCGCAGAGAGAAAUGGUGAUUUAACUCUAACACAGUGCACUGUACUACGUCUGGACGAGCGGGGUGACAAGUUGGCCCUUACUCUCACUUACGAUAGGAAUCGCUCACAGGUGGAAUUGGAGUCCACCGUGGAGCAUCCGUUCUUCGUAUACGGGCGAGGAUGGUCGUCGUACAAGCCAGAGCGUACGCUGGCGCGGUACGGUCUGCGCGUGCAAAGGUUGCAGGUCGGCGACGUGUGUGUAUCGCUAGUGGCACGCAAGCAUGCGGCGCCAGCUCCGGCACCGGCGCCCGCGCUUCACAGCCCGGCGCCUCCGCAAACGCAUCCUGAGAACCUCAGCGUCAAAGAAGACGCUCGCAAACGACGGUGGUCGGCGUCCGACGUCUGCGAGGAUGACCGUCCGCCACAUAAGAAACGCUGAACUACGCUGUUAAUGACGAACUGUCGGUAUUUUAUGUGUAAGUUUGGAGGAGAACUAUCUUAAAUGUGGUGUGAUCGCCUUCGUUGCAAAAACUCUCAUUUCGAACUCUGAUUGUUUUAGUGUCCAUAUUUUCUGGAAGCGUUCGUGACAAGCCAUCACAAUUGUCGGUGGAUGCGUAGGUACUGUUACUAUUUUAGUAUAAAAUACUAGAUUUUUUAUGAGGAAACCAAUGUAAAUUAAAUCGUAUCCCAGUGAGUUGCUGACCUCGUGCGUCGCCCGAGAGCACGGGGUGGUUACCAGAUCCUGCAGCGAUCGGCAGUCCACAAUCGUACGCUUAUGAUAUUCUAUUCGGGAACUUUAGGUGCUUUUUACUGUCGGGUGCUUCUGUACGCGUUCGUGUACGAUGUUUGUAAAUAUGUAUGUAACUUAGGUCAAAGUUAACGUUACUACACUCCAUGACUAAAUUAAUAUGUCACAAAUAUAGCAUCGUUGUUAUCACUAACUGUAACACGUCGCUUCGGUGUGCCGCAUAGUACCACAGCAGGGGUGCUCGUAUGUUAUGGACACGCGAAUGUUAAUGGAAUGCGCAAAGACAGUUUGUGCACUCCAAAGCACUAUGAAGUGUUGAAAAUGGAGUAAAUAAUUUACAAUUCAGCACAAAAUAUCAAUGUGUAAGUUUCUACCAGAUCUUAAAGUAGGUUAGAUAUUGUGAUAACCAAUGAGAUUUAAAUUGUCAGAGAUGAAAUGGCUCCGCAUACUUUAGACACAUGGUACAAUGAAUGUUAGUAGUAGAUAGUAGUAAUGGGCUGACGUGUGCUUAAUUCUUGACUGAUGCUCGUCCUUCGUGUACUCCGGUUCAAUAAGUUUCUUGCAAGCAGUCGAGUCAAAAGUUCCAUUAUCAUUCAAUGGUUGUGACUGCAAACAUAUCCACCGACGUGGCUGCGAGCCCGACGCUGGCAGCGCCGCGUCGGUACCUAUAACGUAACCCUCGGAAUACUACACAAGGGCAUUCAAACAAUUCCCAAUCCUUCACGGUAAUUGUAGAUACAAGUGGUAGAUACUUCGCUAAAUAACAAUGGCAAAUUCUUCUGACAAAUAAUUCGAUCGUAUAUAAAUAAUAUAAAUGUUGAUAAUUGAUAUAUAUUGUAAUAUAAUAUGUAAUAAUCAUGGUUAUUAGAUGUCAUCUCUAUUGGUUUUUGACGUCCAUGUGUGAUACACAUAACUUUUCUAUGAGAAGAUGUAUACAUAAUAAACACACAGUCUGUGAUAUUUUGUAGUUAUUGGUCAGAGUGGUAAGAGGUAUUGGUUGAUAAAGGAAAUGUAUAUGUUUUAGGAUAAGUGAGUUAUGCUAAGUAUAUUGUUGUAUACUCAAAAAUACAUCGCUGGGAAAUCUGAUACUUAAAACAAAUGUAACAAGUAGCGUCUGUGAUUAAUAUACAUAUAUCGUUAUGUGAAAUAACGACUAAUGCAUGGCCAUAUCAAAAAUCAAAUUAUUUUUUGUAUAUUAUUAAUAAGUAACUAAGUUAUUUCAAUUGUUUCGUCUUGUCCAAAUUAAGUUUUCAUAAUAUACUACGACGAUUUAAUUCAUCGGUAGCAAUUACGAUGUGGGGCGAUGUUAAGCCAUGGAAUUCUAGAAUGUUAUGUAGUGUAAUUAGGUGGAAGGUAGCAUAGUCAAGUUGUUAUAGUGCAUAUGUCGCAUAACUAUGCCACCUUUUAAUAAUAUAAUGUUUUUAGAAAAUUUGCCAUAGUCCGAAGCAAACGAGUAAAUUAGUGAAAUUGCCAAAUAUCGCAGUUUGUCCGUUAAGCAACAUAACAAAAUGGAAUUGGACCGUUGAGUUUGUUUGACAAAUGUUAGUUUCAUUGUACCGCCAAACGUUUCGAGCUUAUAUUGGUAUGUUCAUUGUUGACUGCCACGAAGUAAACACCUACCCGGGGACGGAAGGUGUUGUACAUUUAAUAAUUAUGUUGUAUGUAAUUGUAGUUUUAUCGUCUUUAUAUUAUUUGUAAUUAUAAUGAAAGAUCUCAUUUUAUUAAUCGGUAUUUUCUAACAAGGCGCUUUCAUUAGAUCAUGACUAUGCCUACCUCACAAACUUUAAGACUAGUGUCUCGCCGCGGCGAGGCCCGCCUCUCGCGAGCCGGUCGCAAACAAGUCUAAACAAGAUCUCAAUUUGAUGAAAAUAAACUUUUAAAAAGACUGGGACGCUUUACUGAAUGUUGUGGGAUAAUAGUUUCACUGAAGAUAUUACUUAAAUUUAUGAGAUAGGAGCAUUUAUUAUGAAUAUGGGCGCGCUAACUCCGUGCAUGUCAUGCUCGGCCUCGCUUCCAAUCAAUCCAAAAAGCUGGAUGGUCAUUUAGUACAAAAUUCGUUACAAAAAGUAUUAUAUCCUAAAAUCCACAUUCAGAAAGUAUUAACUUAUUUCAGUGAAUGGUGCUAUUAAUAGCUUUGAACUACGAAAAUACAUCUGGCACAAUCAUGGUAGAUAUUACUUAUAGAAAUAACAAUAUAAACACACGUGGUGUCACGGCAUGUCUCUCCAUACUUAUAUUAUUUAUCUAUUGGCCCUUUAAUUGGCGUAAUCAUUGUUCUUCCACGUCUCCUAUUAUUUAUUAUGGAGUUAAUUAUACACACACUUACAAAUAUAGAUAAACGUCAUGUCUUUGUAAUUUUGUACAAUUUACAUUUAACUUAACCUUCUGUAGAUGUAAAUGAGUUUCAGCAUGACCUUUGUAUUAAAAGUUACGAUUUAUUAUUAUUAUUAUUAUAAUUGUUACUGUGAGUUAAUUGUAAAUAAUAUUAUUUAGACGCAAGAGACUGACAUAAUAAUUUUAGAUUUAUUUGUGAUCAACCAAACGUUAUCAUUUAAAAGUGAACCAAAAAGUCUCUGAUAUAUCUUCUCUGAUCCACUAAUAAAUAUAACUUGAAACAUUAAGAUAAGUAUGAGCAGUAUAAGUAAGAGCCUAUUCACUGUGUAUAAAUGAGGUUGAUGUAAAAUAAACGUUACAAUUGACACAAAUUAAAUAAGUAACAUGAAGUAUAAAUACAAUAAAAAAAAUUGUUAUAUGAAUUAAAAGGUGAAGUGUGAGUUAGACUCGCAAUAAUAAGACAACUCCACAUUAUUUAGUACUAAGUUCUAAUUAAACAUUCGGAACUUUCUUCCAAAAUAAAAACAUUUUUUCCAUACUGUACGUCUGAUAAAUUGAUCUAUAGCUUUACCUUAGCGAUAAUUCGGAGUUUUCUAAUCUCUACAUAACAAAACUAUUUUUACCUACGUGAAUGUAAUUUGAAAUUUUAAUUUACAUGAAUCAUUAUGCAUUCGAAAACAAGGAAAUUUAUUUCAAUUAUAUAAGACAGAUGAUUGUAUUCAAAUAUGUGUGUAUAUAUAUUUAUUGGCAAUUCUGAUAUUUACUACCUAUUGGAUAAUUAUAUUUUUCUAUUAUAAAUAUUAAUUCUUAUAUACUUAAAGAUUAUUAAUUAUUAUAUAUACAGACAAAUAAAUAUAAUUUAAUACAAAUUUUACAAUAAAAUCUGCUUACUACAUUUAUAUGAUAAUAAUUUAGAAAUAUGAAACAAAGGAACAAUAAAUAAAAACUGUGAAAAAUAUAAAUUAUUUUGUAAUGAGAAUAUCCAUAAAAUAGGAAAAAAGUAAAAUUUGCACAUACCGUUAAAUCCCCAAAGUACAAUAAUAAAUAAAACAUUCAUAGAAUGAUAAUUUAAUUACUAACUUAAUGAAAUUGAAGAUAUCAUACUGUAAAAUAUAGAAAAAUAACAAUGUCUCAAAGGAAAGUUAUAACUAUGUUUAUCUUCGCGUUCUUUAGCCUAUAUGUUGACAACGUAUUCUAGUUCUUCCAGCUGCUUUAAGUGAAACCUACACAUACAAUUAAAUAGUUUUCGCCUCAUUAAUAUUAUACUAUUUUAUAUUAACGUUUAAGACUUUAAAAAAAUGCACGUGUAUAGGCUCUACUGCCCUAAUAUACCUUGUUCUUUAUAUUUAUGACGCUGGUACUUGUGUCAGUCUGUUGAGUUUAUACAUUUCUAACUUGUUUGUAUUGCAAAAACCUUGUGUUUCGGUACAUGAACCAGUUGCAAUCAAUUCUCAGUUGUGACUGAUUAAAAUCGAAAGGUUAGCAAUUUUACAUUUCCCUUUUGAGACUUGCAUUUACAAGUUGUAUGGUUCGUAAUUGCAACUAUGAACUUAAUUAUGUAACGAUGUUCGUAACAAUUCUCAUUUGAAAUAGAUUAAAAGUACCAUUUUACGUACUAAAUGACCUUUUACAGUUGCAUUUACCUACCGUACGAUUACUAACGGCAGCAUCUCUCAAACGGUUCAUACAAACACAAACCCAUCAAUAUUAUAUAGGUUACAAGUGAGAAUUGUUAAUGGCAUAACGUAUUUAGCAGCAGUAACAUAAUUAAGACCCUGGUCAUUAAAUCAAAUUUAAUAUAAAAACAAUCAACGAUAUAUUUACUUUAUAGUGAUAUUUACAUGUUAAUUACAGUCCAAAAUAAAUACAGUCAGUGUAUAUAUAGUGAAAGGUCUAAUAAGUUUUAUAUAGUUUUCAUAUGAAUUACUAUAAUUUCAAAUAACGCUAUAAGAUAUUAAACCAAGAAAUAUAUCAAAUAUGUGGUUGCCAACACGGCCAGUACUGGUUUUCAUAGUUUGUAAAUUCCAUACGCCGCCAACUAACAUUACGAAUGAUCGACACAAAUGAUUGUGCCAUUCAUAGCAAUUUUAUCAAUAUAUAAUAUACAUACUUGUUUAUAAACACUAAAA